GAUUUUAAAGAAAUUUCCUAUACAGUCGCACCUGCUGUUACGGCCACCCUUAAUCAGCGGCCACUCCCCAUGAGCAGCCAGUUUUAAUCCCACCCGUUCAUUGUUUCACUAUAUUUUAACUCUUUUAAGCGGCCACCUGUCUAACGCGGCCAGUGGCCAGUGUUUUGGGGUCCCAUGCGCUCAAUAUACCUGUUUUCAGCGGCCAUUUUGUCUGUUUUGUCACAUGACUUCCGUCUGACACGUGACCUGGUAUCUCCGUAGAGAAGCCAAACAAGAACAGCUGAUUAUAAGAAAUGACCGAUAAUUGCGGGUGUAAUUUGAAAUCUGUCAGGAUUUAAUGAUUUAAUUAAAUGAUAUGUUUUUUAACAAGUGUUUUUUUUUUUUGGAGUUCUUUUAUACGAAAGAAAGUUGUUGAAUAUGUUCAUGAUAUAAACUCAGUACAAUAAUAACAAUAUCGCCUUAGGUUAUCAAGUGGCCAGUCGCCCUAUUAUGUUUACAUGUACACAUAGAUCUAUUAAAUGACGUAUUCUGAGUAAAAAUCAACCAAUGUAUUGAAAUAUUAAAUGAAAUGGAGGGCAGGAAGAGGACAGUCCUCUCCUUAAAAGAUAAGGCCAAAGCUAUUGAACUUAGUAAACAGGGUCUGUCUUCGCGAAAAAUAUCGGAAGUUUUAAAGUGUGGAAAAACUCAAAUUAAUAAUCUAUUAAAACGAAAACACGAAGUUUUGGAGGAUUUGGAACAAAAUGUAGACCCUGAAAGAAAAAGACGUCGUCACGUUACAGGGAACGAGGAAAUAAACGAACUGUGUUGGACAUGGUUUCAAGAUGCGACAAAACGCAGGAUAUGUGUCACUGGUCCUCUCCUCCAGGAACAGGCGAAAAAAUUCGCAUCACAACUAAAGAAUGAUUCAUUCAAAGCAUCAAAUGGAUGGCUAGAAUCUUUUAGGAAAAGACAUAACAUUUCGUUUGGUUUAAUGAGUGGGGAAAGGGGUGAUGUAAACACAGAAACUGUCCGUGAUUGGAAAGAAAAACUGAAUCUGAUUUGUGAAGGUUAUGAACCUAGGAAAAUUUUUAACAUGGACGAAACGGGGCUGUUUUUUAGAGAAACUACACGUAAAACUUUGUUUGUAAAGGGGGAGGACUGCGCUGGAGGAAAGAAAUCAAAAGACAGAAUAACUGUAGCCUUAUGUGCCUCUAUGUGCGGGGAAAAGGUUAAACCUGUAUUAAUUGCCAAAUCCAGAAAUCCUAGAUGCUUUAAAAAAAUCAAACCAGAGACCUUACCAGUUUCUUACUAUUACAAUAAAAAAUCGUGGAUGAACAGUGGAAUUAUGGAGGAUUGGCUAAAAGGACUGGAUCGUAAAAUGGGAAGACAAAACCGAAGAAUUUUAUUGUUCAUGGAUAAUGCCCCAUCCCAUCCCAAACUACAGUUGAGGAACAUUGAGUGGAAAUUCUUUCCUGCAAACACAACAUCACAUACACAGCCUAUGGACAUGGGCAUUAGCCAGACAACAAAGCUUAAAUUUAGGAGAAAACAGAUGCAGUACAUCCUCAAUCAGAUGGAAAAACAGCCAGGAGUAGGGGGGACAGAACUUCUUCGCCAAAUAAACAUAUUAGACACUAUAUAUUGGCUAAACCAAGCUUGGCAAGAAGUGGAGUCCAGCACUAUCACAAAGUGUUUCGAAAAAGCGGGGUUCAGUUUUACAUCUAAUGAGAAUGAUGACAAGAGUGAGGAUGAAGAUGACGAUGAUGAUGUCCCGUUGUCAGUUCUAAAAUUAUCCAGUGAACUUUUUGGAUGUGAUUUCAGUGAAUUGGUCCAGUUAGAUCAGGACAUAAAUACUUGUGACACCGAUACUAUAGAUUGGGGACUGCCAGCACAGCAAAUCCUGGACAUUGAGAAAGUCUCAUCAGAUGAGGAAAUUUGUGAAGAUGAUGGUGAUGAGGAACUGAAUUCGAUCUCUAUCUCCGAUGCAAAUAUUUAUUUAGAAAAGCUUAAAGCCUUUGCUCAGAAUCACGGACAUGCUAUUCUGUUAGAACACAUUAUGAUUUCUAGUGCUAUUGUUGAUUCCAUGGCUGUUUCCCAUACAAAACAAAAAACAAUAACAGAUUUCCUUCCAAAAUCAAUGUGAA